CUGACGCCGUACGACGAGGCGUGGGCGUGGCAGCGAGGAUUUCUCGAGCGCGCGCUCGAGCGCGGCGACGACGCGAACGACGCAGCGAUACUGCUGCAACACCCGCCGACGGUGACGCUGGGCGCGGGAUCGACGGUGGAUAACUUGAAAUUUAACGUCGAUCGACCGCCGACGGGGUUCGAGGUGCGACGGUGCGAGCGGGGGGGGGAGGCGACGUAUCACGGGCCGGGGCAGUUGGUGCUGUAUCCGAUUCUAAACUUGGCGCGCGCGCCGCACGAGGCUGAUUUGCACUGGUACAUGCGCGCGCUGGAAUCCGUGGCGCUGGAGGCGAUGAUUGAGUUAGGGUUGGACGCGGCCAAGUGCGGACGCGUGGAUGGGUUGACGGGGGCGUGGUGCGACGGGCACAAGGUGGCGGCGGUGGGCGUGCGCGCGCGACGAUGGGUGUCCUACCACGGCGUCGCCCUGAACGUCUGUCCCGACCUCUCGCACUUCGCCAACAUCAUCCCGUGCGGCAUAGGCGAUAAACCGGUCGGUAGCGUCUCCCAGCUCUUGCGAGGG